AUGGGCACUCUGCUGGGACAUCCAUAGUGUUUGGAUUAUGGGCUUCCUUUCCAGCCCCUUUCCUUGGAAUUCUGCUCUGCCUAUGAAAACUUUGGCUGCUGUGACCAGGAGUGAGACAACAGCAUUGCAGAAAAAUACUGGGACAUCAAGGAUUACAUGGAUCAGUAUAAACUGUGUGGAACAAACAUCAAAGAUAUCCUGUGUCAGGAAUGUUCUCCAUAUGCUGCACAUCUCCAUGAUGCAGAAACCCCACAGACUCCUCUAAGAAGCCUCCCAGGACUUUGUUUUGACCACUACUCCAGUCAUCCCAACUGCCACCCUGCCAUCCCCCUGCUGACAGGUGACAAGCACAUCCAGCAGUGCGGCGAGAGGGGCAGGACCUGCUUCUGGCAGCUCCUGCAGCUCUGGGAUGAGGAUUGCUGCUUCCCCAGCUGGGAUGAGAGGGGCUUCCUGGAAAUGGCUUUCCACCCCAAGCACAAGGACAAUGGGAAGUUUUAUAUCUACUACUCAUAUGGCAAAGAACUGAGGGAAAAGAUGAGGAUCAGUGAAUUGAAGGUUUUGUUUGAUGCCAACAAAGCUGAUCCAAGCUCUGAAAGGAAUUUCCUGAAGCUUGAGGAACCAGCUGCAAAUCACAAUGGUGGGCUGCUGCCCUUUGGUGUGGAUAGUUAUUCAUAUAUAUUCACAGGGGAUGGAGGAAAAGCUGGAGACCCUUUUGGAAAAUUUGGGAAUGCUCAGAAAAAGAGCAGUUUGUUGGGGAAAGUGUUGAGGGUUGAUGUGGAGGGAAGAAGCCCUGAUGGAAACAUUUCUCCUGAUAAUCCAUUUGUUUCUGAUCCCAAAGCCUGCCUGGAAGUUUAUGCCUACAGGGUCAGGAGUGUGUGGUGCUGUACAGUGGACAGAGGGGACCCUGUCACAAAAAAGGGAAGAGGGAGGAUAUUCUGUGGGGAUGUCAGGCAGAACAGGCUUGAGGAAAUUGUCCUCAUUGUUAAAGGAGGGAACUAGGGCUGGAGAGCAAAGGAGGGGUUUGAAUGCUGUGAACAGCUUUGUCACAAUUCUUCCUUGGAUGACAUUCAGCCAAUAUUUGCAUGUGGCUGCAGUGUGGGAGGCUUUGUCUACAGGGGAUGUGAAUCACCCAGCUUGAAUGGCCUUUAUAUUUUUGGUGAUUUCAUGAGUGGUUGACUUAUGGCUUUACAGGAAGAAGAUGAGAAGACAAAUAAGUGGAAGAAGCAUGAUAACUGCAUUGGCUGCACAACAGCUUGUGCUUUCCCUGGAAUGAUCAGCUCCUACAGCAAAUUCAUCAUCUCAUUUGCUGAGGAUGAAGCAGGUAGGGAACUGUAUUUUAUGUCUACUUCAUAUCCCAAUGCCUAUGCACCACAUGGAUCACUCUACAAGGUCUGCAAUCCCAGGCAGAGAGCUCCACCAUGGAAGUGUAAAUACAAGCCUAUUCCAGUGAAAACAAAGAGCAAGUGGAUACCCUUGAUUCCACAUGCAAGGCUGAGCCGUGGGCUGGAGACACCCGCGGCUGCAGAUCCGCGCGGUGGAAGCGGCGCCGCGCAGCCCCGAUGCUCGGAUCCAGGGAAAGGAUUCAUCCGGGAAGCGGAGCCGGGGGCGCUCCUGCCCCGGCGGCAGCCGAGCCCGCGGCGCGCCUGCAGCUCCGGCGCUGCGCUCGUCUCCCACCGCCGCCCUCUGGAGGCGCCGGGCCGGGAUGCAAAAGGCAGCGACCCCCGCCCUGGUCAGGGGAGAAACAGUAAUAAAAACCCGCAGGAAAAGCUCGGCAGGCCCCAGCGAGGAUCGAACUCGCGACCCCUGGUUUACAAGACCAGUGCUCUAACCACUGAGCUAUGGAGCCACCUAUCAGUUGAAGCCCUGCCGAGGGCUCCUGUCCCUGCGCGGCGCGGCCUGAGGGCGAUGGGGGAUCCCCGUCGUUGUGAGGGAGCGCCUGCCGCGGAUUGA